UGUCUUGAGAGAUUCGACACACUUCGGCUUCUCAGUGCGUCAAAAAUGGCAAAGUCCCCCGAAGAAGAGCAUCCUGUGAAGGCCUUUGGCUGGGCUGCCAGAGACACAUCUGGGCAUCUCUCUCCCUUUAACUUCUCCAGAAGAGCAACGGGUGAUGAGGAUGUGAGGUUUAAGGUGUUGUAUUGUGGGAUUUGCCACUCCGACCUUCACAGCAUCAAGAAUGAAUGGGGCUUCUCUGUGUACCCUAUGGUUCCGGGGCACGAGAUUGUUGGGGAAGUGACAGAAGUGGGAAGCAAAGUGAAGAAAGUGAAAGUGGGAGAUAAAGUUGGUGUGGGUUGUAUGGUUGGUGCUUGCCAUGCCUGCGACAACUGCAACAACGACCUUGAAAACUACUGCCCCAAAAUGGUGCUUACCUACAAUUCCGUUUACACCGAUGGAACACUCACAUAUGGAGGCUACUCGGAUUCGAUGGUCGCCAACGAGCACUACAUCGUGCGUUUCCCUGAGAAUAUGCCACUGGAUGCUGGUGCUCCUCUACUUUGUGCUGGGAUCACAGUUUAUAGUCCCUUGAAAUAUUUUGGCUUGGCAGAGCCAGGUAAGCAUGUUGGCAUUGUAGGGCUCGGUGGGCUUGGUCAUGUGGGUGUCAAAUUUGCAAAGGCACUUGGGGCAAAAGUGACUGUGAUUAGUACUUCCCCUAGCAAGAAAGAUGAAGCUUUGAAUCAACUUGGUGCUCAUUCAUUCUUGGUUAGCAGCGACCAGGACCAAAUGCAGGCUGCCAUGGGCACAUUGGAUGGCAUCAUUGACACAGUCUCUGCUGUGCAUCCCAUUGUGCCAUUGAUUGGUCUUUUGAAGUCUCAUGGGAAGCUUAUUCUACUAGGUGCACCAGAAAAGCCACUUGAGCUCCCUGUGUUUCCUUUAAUCGUGGGAAGGAAGGUGUUGGCGGGUAGUGGAAUUGGAGGCAUGAAGGAGACACAGGAGAUGAUUGAUUUCGCCGCAAAACAGAACAUAACGGCAGAGAUUGAGGUAAUUUCAAUGGAGUAUGUGAAUACAGCGAUGGAGCGUCUUGCUAAGAACGAUGUUAGAUACCGAUUUGUAAUCGAUGUUGGGAACACCUUGGCUGCUACCAAGUCUUGAAGACUAGGCAGGAGAAGAAUGAAAAUUCAUCAUCCAAGUGCUUGGAGUUAUGCAUUGCUGGGUUUGUUUCGUCGGUGUUUAAUUUGAUAUCUGAAAUAAGAACUCAAAUGCCAAAACAUUAAUUGAAGAGUUUUUUUUUUUUUU